CCUUGGCCGCGGGCCCUCUCCCCGUCGGCGCCAUGUCCCUGCGGUGCCUGUCCCGAGCCAUGCGCAUCCCGGUGUCGGUGCCGGUGUCRGUGCCGGGCAGGYGCUGGGUGUCGUGUCCCUAUAAAGCGGUGAUCUUCGACGUGAGCGCCGCGCUCCUGCCGGCCCCUCGCAAGGUGGCCGCAGACUGGGAGGUCCAGAAUUGUAUUCCAGCUGGCACCGUCCAACAAGCUCUACUUGCUGGAGGGGAAAAUAGUCCCUCUCUGAAGUACACCAGAGGAGAGCUGUCGACUGUGGAGUUUUUGCAGGAAUUUGGACAGCAGUGCUUUGACAUUGCAAAUGUUUCAGUUCCAGUGGAUUCCUUUCUCUUGCACUUAAUCAGAAAGGAGAUGAUAAAACAGCUCCCCAUAAUGGCAGAAGCAGUACAGUGUAUUCGUGCCGAAGGUCUUAAGACAGCUGUUCUAAGCAACAGCUUCUGUCUGCUGAAUGAAGAGAGCUUUCUGCCUCUAGACCGAAAGCAGUUUGAUGUGAUAGUUGAAACUUGCCGCGAGGGAAUAUCCGAGCCGGAUCCUCGCAUCUACAAGCUCUGCUUGGAGCGCUUGCGUGUUCAGCCCCACGAAUCCAUCUUCCUUGAUGACAUCAGCCAGAACCUAAAGGCAGCAGCGCAGCUUGGCAUUAAAACAGUGAAGGUUGUUGACACAGCAGUAGCUCUCAGAGAGCUGGAAGCCUAUCUGGGUUUUCCUUUGCAAGGCUUCGUUCCAUAUACUCGUUCCGUGAGACCAACCACGGAGAUACCAAAAAGUCGUCUCCAAAAAUACCUUGAAUAUGUCCUUGGUGGCCGGGCAACAGGUCCGUUGAUGUUACGGCAGUUUGGUCACGAAGAGCCUCCCCUGACCUACUGUGUCAAGCUUGGCGAUCGCUCGCUAGUGCUGAAGAAGGAGCCCCCUGACGAGCUGCUCCCCGCAGGCCCUGCUCUCACCAAGGAGUACAGGAUGCUGAAGGCUCUCUCGGAGGCUGGUGUUCCUGUGCCCACUGUACUUGCUCUCUGUGAGGACAGAAGCAUCCUCGGCUCUCCUUUCUACGUGUCGGAGCACUGUGCCGGCCACCUCCACAGGGACGCCGCCCUGCCCGGGCUGUCGCCCCGCCAGCGGAGSGCUGUUUACGCAGCCAUGAGUGAGGUCCUCUCCAAGAUCCACAGCRUAGAGCUCAGAGCAGCCGAGCUGCAGGACAGUGGGGAGCGUGGUAGUUACAUUCAGCAGCAAGUUCAGACCUGGACAAAGCAGUAUCGAGCUAUGGAAACGCAGGCUAUCCCAGCCAUGGAGAGACUCAUCACGUGGCUGCCUCUGCACUUCCCUGAAUCCCAGAAGACAGCAGUGGUGCACGGUGACUUCAGGCUGGAUAACCUGAUUUUUCAUCCAGAGAGGCCAGAAGUCCUUGCUGUUCUUGGCUGGAGGCUUUCAACUCUAGGAGAUCCCAUCUCUGAUGUGGCAAAUAACUGCAUGGCCUACUUCCUGCCACCUCACUUUGGUACACUGAGAGGCUUGCGGGAGCGUGAUCCGGCGCGCCUGGGAAUCCCCACGGCAGAGGAGUAUUCCCAGAUGUACUGGGACCGCAUGGGAAUGCAGCACCCCGAGAACUGGAAUUUCUACAUGGCCUUUGCCUUCUUCCGCCUGGCCGUGAGGCUGCAGGGACUGCACAAGCGCUCUCUGAGGGGCCAUGCAAGGCCAGCCCCAGGGGAGAGCUUCCAGGAGCAUGCAGAGUUCGUCGCUGACCUGGCUUGGGAUUUUGCCAUAAAAGAAGGAUKCCGUGUGUUCAACCGCCUCCCCACCACGAAGCCUUUCACAAGACCUUACAGUACACAGGCCAGGCUUGGGCUGUUCUUCAGCAGAAGUUAUGUUACCCAAGCACAUCCUGGGGCAGCUCAUGCACUCAAAAUUCCUCUGCUUGUUCCUCUUGUUGGCUUUUUGGAGGCAACUGGAAAGUGUCAUAGAUAUCCAGUGGGGUCACCAGAUUUCCCGGCACAGUUGGACUCCACAUUUUCUUCUUGAAAAACCUAAGGUCUGAGGAACAGAGCGGCGCUGACCCGGGAGGUCCCCACGUCUCACUGGAGGCAGCUGAGCUGCUGGCCCCGGCGCCGCGGCAGAGCUUGUGCAGCUGKGACGCCCCUGAAUUUCAAUGGUGCU